AUGAGUUUGUGUUGUAUAUUUAUAGUUCAUAGGUUUUAUUUAUUUGUUUUUCAUUCAGGUCUUCAGAGACAUCCCUUACGGCCAUAUUUAGACUAUGUUGCUUAUCUAUAUCAAAGGAUGGAUCCUCUUCCUGAACAAGAACGUUUUGAGCUUGGUUACAGGGAUUUCUUACAGUCGCCCUUGCAACCUCUCAUGGAUAAUUUAGAGGCCCAAACAUACGAAACAUUUGAGAAGGAUAGUGCCAAAUAUAUCCAGUAUCAAAGAGCAGUCUCUAAAGCUUUGAUGGACAGCGUCCCAGAUGAAGAAGCAUCUAUGAUAAUCACUGUACUGAUGGUUGUGGGAGCUGGACGUGGACCUCUUGUUAGAGCAUCGUUGCAGACAGCUGAAGAAACUGGACGGAAGUUGAGAGUUUAUGCAGUGGAGAAAAAUCCAAAUGCAAUUGUCACACUUCAUGGUAUGAAUGACAGAGUUGUCCCACCCUCAAUGACAGAUUUUGUGCAGCGGCUUCUACCAAGGGGCGAUGGUGCAUAAGCUCCUUUAUAACAGGGUAUGCAUAAGUUGUUUCUGUUCUGCUUUGAAGUUGUUCUGUUUGGCCUACUGUUCGAAGCUGUUUUUGCUGUGUUAUUGUUCUAUUUUUCAUCUUUUGGUUGCUCUUGAUUGACUUCUCACCAAUCUUUGUGCACUUUCCGAUUUGUUGAUGUAAUUUUGCAUGUUUUUUGCUUUAUCAUCAAUAAAUCUUUAUCUUUGCUGUUCAAAAAAAAAAAGGAAAAUGGACUUC